CACCAGCUCCGCUGCCCCUUCUGCCGCCAGCACAGCCCAGUGCCCGGUGGAGACGUGCAGCAGCUACAGGACGACAGCGAGGUGCUGGUGCUGCUGAUGGGCCAUGAACGGGCCAAGAAGCAGGGUCUCCCCCGUUCCCCUGAGGUCCUCCUCUGCCCCAGCGUGCUAGAGCCUGCACCCAGCCCUGACUGCCUGGUCGUCACCAUCCUGGAGGUGCCGGAGGAUGUGGCCCCACCGGAGGGCCUGGGCGGGCUGGACGUGGUGCGACUGUACCGCCCUGCCAGCCUGGGUGCGCUGCCCUGCCAUGGGCCUGGGCAGAAGUGGCGCUCCUGGGGGUGGCGAGCCGUCCCUCGCUUCAUCCUGGGCGUCCUCUGCCUCCUCUACUUCAGCUCCCUGCCCUUCGGCAUCUACCUCCUGCUCAUCGAGCACCACAGCCUGGGCAUCGUCCUGGUCAGCCUUGUGCCCUGCACCCUCCUCCUCUGCAUCAUCUACAGCCUCUGCCAGUGUCUAUGCCGGGAGGUCUUUGGGUUCCCCCACUCCUGA